GGGCGGCGCCCGGGGUCCCCUCCCCCGCCCCCCUGACGUCAGCCCCGGACAGCCGCGAGCUCCUCACUUAGCUCUCUCCCUCCGUCGGAGAAGUAUGGGGCUACCCAGGCUCGUCUGCGCCUUCUUGUUCGCCGCCUGCUGCUGUUGUCGCCGCGCCAUGGGUGUGCCGGGAGAGGAGAAACAGCCUGCACCCACCCCAGACCUGGUGGAGGCGGAAGUGGGCAGCACAGCCCUUCUGAAGUGUGGCUCCUCACAUUCGUCCCUCAACUUCAGCCAUGUGGACUGGUUUUUGAUUCACAAGGAGAAGCAGAUACCCAUUUUCCGUGUGCGCCAGGGCCAAGGCCAGAAUGAACCUGGGGAAUAUGAACACCGUCUUAGACUCCAGGGGGGGUUGGGAGGUACUCUGGCCCUGAGUCAAGUCACUCCCCAUGAUGAGCGAGUGUUCCUGUGUAAGAGCAAGCGGCCACGGCUCCAGGAUCACUACAUUGAGCUUCAAGUCUACAAAGCUCCAGAAGAGCCAACCAUCCAGGCCAAUGUCGUGGGCAUCCAUGUGGACAGGCAAGAGCUUAGGGAGGUUGCUACCUGUGUGGGGAGGAAUGGGUACCCCAUUCCUCAAGUCAUCUGGUACAAGAAUGGUCGGCCCCUGCAAGAGGAGGAGAACCGUGUUCAAAUUCAAUCAUCACAGAUUGUGGAGUCCAAUGGCUUAUAUACGUUGCAGAGUAUUCUGAACGCACGGCUAGUUAAGGAGGACAAAGAUGCCCAGUUUUACUGUGAACUCAGCUACCGGCUACCCAGUGGGUACCGCAUGAAGGAAUCUAGGGAGGUCACUGUCCCUGUUUUCUACCCUGCAGAAAAAGUAUGGGUGGAGGUAGAGCCUGUGGGGCUGCUGAAGGAAGGGGAUCAUGUGAAAAUCAGAUGUCAGACUGACGGCAACCCUCAACCCCACUUCAUUAUCAACAAGCAGAACUCCAGCACUGGGGAGAUGGAGGAGAAGGCCACUGAUGAAAAUGGGAUUCUGUUCUUGGAGCCUGCACAGAAGCAACAUAGUGGGCUGUACCAAUGUCAGACUUUGGACUUGGAAACUAUGACCACACUGUCAAGUGACCGCCAGGAGCUGCUAGUGAACUAUGUGUCUGAUGUUCAAGUGAACCCAGCCGCUCCUGAAGCCCAGGAAGGCGAUAGCCUUACACUGACCUGUGAGGCAGAGAGCAACCAGGACCUUGAGCUCAAGUGGCUGAGAGACAAGACAGGCCAGCUGCUGGGAAAGGGGCCUGUCCUCCAGCUAAACAACUUGAAACGGGAAGCAGGGGGACGAUAUCUCUGCAUGGCAUCAGUUCCUAAUGUUCCUGGCUUGAACCGUACACAGCUGGUCAGCGUGGGCAUUUUUGGGUCACCGUGGAUGGCACUAAAGGAGAGGAAGAUGUGGGUACAAGAGAAUGCCAUGCUGAAUCUGUCUUGCGAGGCUUCAGGACAUCCUCAGCCCACCAUCUCCUGGAAUGUCAAUGGCUCAGUUACUGAAUGGAACCCAGAUCCACAGACAGUAGUGAGCACCCUGAAUGUCCUUGUGACCCCGGAGCUGCUGGAGACAGGUGCAGAAUGUACAGCCACCAACUCCCUGGGCUCAAACACCACCAUCAUCCUCCUAAAGCUGGUCACUUUAACCACCCUCACACCUGACUUCAGCCAAACCACUGGCCUCAGCACCUCCACAGUCAGCCCUCACAUCAGAGCCAACAGCACCUCCACAGAGAAAAAACUGCGGCAGCCAGAGAGCAAAGGUGUGGUCAUUGUGGCUGUGAUUGUGUGUAUCUUGGUCCUUGCUGUACUGGGUGCUACCCUCUAUUUCUUCUACAAGAAGGGCAAACUACCAUGUGGACGCUCAGGAAAACAAGAGAUCACGAUGCCCCCGACUCGUAAGAGUGACUUUGUAGUUGAAGUUAAGUCAGAUAAGCUCCCAGAAGAGAUGGCUCUCCUACAGGGCAGCAACGGAGACAAGAGGGCUCCAGGAGACCAGGGAGAGAAAUACAUCGAUCUGAGGAAUUAGUCGACUCACCAAUGUUCCCAGCUCCCUGCUCAGUCUUCACCCCAAGUGAAAGCCUCCAGAUGGACAGCAGGGAAGACCCCCCCACUCAGGUUUCCUACAGACCAGGUCCAGAGAGCCAAGAGCUAGAACAAGAGCCAUUUGAGGACCUAUCUCACUUGGCUAUGGAGGCCUGGUUUUAGAUACCAAGUCCUGUGUGUCCAUUGAGUGACACUUAUCCCAAGUGACUGGGGCCUCAGUCUCCCAGGAAUGUGGAGGGUUUUUUUUUUUUUUUUUCCUUACACAGCCCAUGGUUGCAAAUCCAUCUCCUGCCAUCAGCUGAGUGGGCUUGCCCCUCUGAGCAAGUGUUCUCCCCUCACAGGCUAUCUUCGUGCUAGUUGUAUCACAUAAGGGACCUGGGCAUGUGGUCACAUACACUGUUCACACUGGUCCUUGAGACAACCCCAUAGCCCAGAGGCAGCUGCUUCUGGAUCUUCCUGCCUGCUGCUCUUUCAGGGUCUUUUGGGAUGUUUCCCCUUUAGGCAGAAGUCAGGGACUGGUGGUAAUCCUUUAGAUACAUCCCUGAGUAAGGAAGCCAAGCUGUUCUGUCUGUCUCUUUUGGAGUGAAGGCUACUGAGCCUGCACUUCCUGCAUUCCCUCAGUGGAUAAUGGGAGACUGAAAGAGAAGAGAUGGGACAGAGAGGAUGUCUACUGUUCAUGGGGAUUAAGCUUAUAUGUAUGUGUGUGUUAGCACCACAUUUCUACAUGUGAGCUUAUAGGCCCAGAUCCCAAGAGAGUCCAAGUGGGAGAAUGGUACUUAGAGAUGAAAACUUGGCCUGGCAAGAGGUUUUGGGGUAUGUGUGCAUCUGUGAGUGUGUAUGUGUAACACAUACAUACAUAAUACACACACACACACACACACACACACACAUAUAUAUAUGGUUUUUCUGUAAAUUUGCAAAUUGUUUCCUUUUAUAUAUUAUGUGUUAGAAAAAUAAAGUGUUAUUGUCCCAAAAACA